GGGCGACAUGAUUUCACGAAACAUGGCAAAUGACUAUUAGUUUUUUGUGCUCUUGAAACGAAAUAAUCUUAUUUCACUAUGAUUUACUGAGGGCUGUUUUUAAGGAAAGCAGGAUGCAAUUAAAACUAUAUCUCAUGUUUAAACUGUCUUGAAGGGGUCCUUUUGCGGCUGGGUACUUCUUUCGGCACAACACCUAAUCCGGCUGCGAUGCUAUUGCCUGAGAUCCGAAGGAUAUCUGACCGGCCCAGUGUGUGGCAGUUCUCAUGUGACCACGGAGGGAUCUUGAGUGAAGAUUGAAAGAUGGUCUGAUGGACCGCCGCUUCUUCCUGACCUUCCUCCUCUGCUCAGUGUUGUGGAUCUUCUUCUGGGAAGUACGCUGGAAGAAAAGAAAGGAAAGUGAGAUUGAAGAAUGGCUCCAAGAACAUAGCCUCUCACAAUACGAGCACCUAUUUGAAGAUGUACAGACACUGGAAGAACUGAGUCUGAGUGCACUGAGUCGUCUGGAGGAGGAAGUGAAGGAACAACAGCUCUGGAGGGAAAUUGCAGAGGCUCACAUCCAGCUUCUACGAGACUUUGCCUUCCAGGAGUGGCUUUGUUCCCAGAACCUGGAGCACUAUUACUACACGCUGAAGAACUUAGGUUGCAUGAAUCUGGAUGAUCUGGCCCAGUUUGACGGUCAGCUGCAGCUCUCGUUAGCUGCUUGGGGAUAUUUCUACGAAGAUUACAUAAAACUUUCUACAGGCAUAAAGAUCCUCCAGAACUCCAGGGGGAGUCGAGACCAGGACUACGAGAUCCGGCUGGUGCACAGCCUUGCUGAGAGGCGUCUGAAUGAAAAGUGGUCACUUGCGGGAGCACUCCUAUUUGGCUGUACUGUGGCACUGUGCUUCUUGAUAAGGGACCUCAUGUUUUACGUGAUUGGUGGAAUUACUGUUUCCAUCAUAGCAUUUUUCUUUACCAUCAAGUUCCUCUGUGAGCUUGCAGCUAGGAUUGUUAGCUUCUUGCAGAAUGACGAUCCAGGUCGGAGAGGUGAUCGCAGCAUCUAUGAUUAUGUGCGGGGCAACUACCUGGACCCACGUUCCUGCAAGGUGUCGUGGGACUGGAAAGAACCACAAGAAGUGGGGCAAACAAUGACCUUUAGAGUGCAGCUGUUCUACAAGAACGGUCAGCCUUUCCCAGCCCGUCGGCCUGUAGGUUUGAGAGUCAACAUCACCCACAGUGAACUGGCCCUGGACAUCCCCGUCACACUGGAGGUUCUGCAAAAACCAGAGUCCAACGUUGUCAAAGUGGCCUUUACAGUUCGCAAAGCUGGACGAUAUGAAGUUGCUGUAAAGCUGGGUGGCCUCAAUGUGGCCUACAGUCCUUAUUACAAAAUAUUCCAACCAGGGACAGUUGUUCCAUCUAAAACAACGAUAGCCUACCAUUUCUCCACUCUGGUGCUGACAAACGGCCAUCAGCACACAUUGCAAAUUGAACCCAGGGACGAGUACGGAAACCCCACCAGUAACUCCACCUCUCUCACAGAUGAAGCAAACUACAGUGUCCAUGUCCACCCUCUAGGCACGGUGGAUGAUGACGGUGUGGAAGAUUUCUGCAGUAAGUCAGUCUUGCUCAAUAAGCAGCAGUGCCAGGUCCUGCUGAGAUUGACCCUGAGGAAGACGGGCUGUUUCAGGGCCCGCAUCUCCUACAAGGAUCAGCCGCUCAGCAACGGGGAAUUCGACAUCAUUGUUCUCAGUGAGAAUGAAAAAUCCAGUGUGGAGAAGAAUGUUUCCACGCCAGGCAUCAGCAUCUACUUCGAAGCAUACCUCUACAGCAAUGGGAACUACAGCAGCUCAUCAUGGCAGUUACCCGCCUCCUCUCUGCUGAGUCCUCAGAGGAGGCCGUCCAUGGGGGAGGAGGAUGAGGAGCACGACUCUCCUGUGGAGGGACAACUAGAGAAGGUGAAGAAACCAAAAAAGGUCUACUGCUACAUAUCGCCAAAGCAACUAUCUGUUAAGGAGUUCUACCUGAAAAUUAUCCCAUGGCGCCUUUUUACCUUUCGAGUGUGUCCAGGAACAAAGUUCACCUAUUACGGUCCAGAUCCAGUUCACAAGUAUUUAACUCUUGUGGUGGAUGAUGGGAUACAACCUCCUGUGGAGCUCAGCUGCAGAGAUAGGAACAUCAUGGCGGCCACCUUCAUUCGCUUCCUGCACAAAAACAUCGGUGGCUCUGAAACUUUUCAAGAUAAAGUCAACUUCUUUCAACGGGAACUCAGGCACAUCCACUCAAAGAAACCUCGCACCAAAACCUGCCUAAAGAUCUCUCGACAUGCCAUUCUAGAUUCUUCUCUAAAAGCUACGAGGAACUUCUCCGUGUCGGACUGGAGUAAGAACUUUGAGGUCGUGUUCCAGGAUGAAGAAGCACUUGAUUGGGGAGGGCCUCGCAGGGAGUGGUUUGAGCUGAUCUGUAAGACUCUUUUUGACACAUCCAACCAGUUAUUUACUCGCUUCAGUGACAACAACCAAGGCCUGGUGCACCCGAACCCCGACAGGCCACCGCACUUACGCUUGAAGAUGUUAGAGUUUGCAGGUCGCAUCGUGGGUAAAUGUUUGUACGAGUCUGCUCUGGGUGGAACCUACAAGCAGCUGGUCCGAGCUCGCUUUACACGUUCCUUCUUGGCUCAGAUCAUCGGUCUCAGGAUGAACUACAAGUACUUUGAGACGGAUGACCAGGAGUUCUUCAAAACUAAAGUAUGCUUCAUCCUAAACAAUGACGUCAGCGAAAUGGACCUGGUUUUUGCUGAGGAGAAGUACAACAAGUCAGGACAGCUGGAGAAGGUGGUGGAGUUGAUUUCAGGGGGAGCUCAGAUCGCUGUCACCAAUGAAAAUAAGAUCCAUUAUCUCAACCUGCUGGCUCAGUAUCGGCUGGCCAGCCAGGUGAGGGAUGAGGUGGAACACUUCCUGAAAGGUUUGAAUGAACUGGUUCCAGAAAACCUGCUGGCCAUAUUUGAUGAGAAUGAGUUGGAGUUGUUGAUGUGUGGCACCGGAGACAUCAACGUGCAGGACUUCAAGGCCCAUGCUGUGAUUGUUGGAGGAUCCUGGCACUUCAGAGAGAAGGUAAUGAAGUGGUUCUGGGCAGUGGUGUCCAGUUUCACCCAGGAAGAGCUGGCACGACUUUUGCAGUUCACUACCGGCUCCUCUCAGCUUCCUCCUGGAGGAUUCAACACUCUCUGCCCCUCCUUUCAAAUCAUUGCCGCCCCCACACACAGCACUUUGCCCACUGCACACACCUGUUUUAACCAGCUGUGCCUCCCUUCAUACGACUCCUAUGAGGAGCUGCACAAGAUGCUAAAGUUGGCCAUCAGUGAGGGCAGCGAGGGUUUUGGUAUGCUCUGACUGCUCGGUCACUGGCACUGUGGUUCCACCGGUACACACGAAGACCAGCACAGCUCCACUGCUUUGGUUUCCUACAUUCAUCACCAUCAAACUUCUUGGCUCUCACUUAAACUAUUCUUCUUUUGGAGGAGAGAGAGCUAUACAGGAAGUCCCAGAAGACUGUGGAGACUGAAUCAUAUUAACUACAGUUUGUAAAUAAAUGUUUCCCCAUUUGUUAAGAAAAAGUAAGAAAUAACAAAAAAAAGAAAAGGACAAAAAGGCAGCAGUGGAGAUCGUUUUACUUCUGAAUGCAAAGUCUCCUCAGCUUUAUACGUUGGAAAGACAAAUGAGGUGGGAACAAAGACCUUUGAGUUUUGCUAAAUACCUGCUUCUUUUCCAUUUUGCAACCAGGAAGUCUAUAAGUGCAACAGCAGCCUCCAUGUGGUGGUCAUCUGCACCACUUUGGCCUUAAUCCAUCAGGGACUGAUGUGUAAAUAUAUGAUAUCACUUUCAACUGGAUACAUGUACAUGCUGAUGUGUAAGUGCAGAUUUUCUUGUUAGUUUUUUGAUGUGAAGUUCAAGAAGGGAUUUUGUUAUUGUUGCACAUCUGCUAGGUUCUUUCUGUAUGAUUUUUGAAGUGAAGACGGUUUUAAAAGAGGCCAAGUAAUUUCUAUCAUUGUUGUUUUUAACCUAAUGAUAAUUUGUGUUUAGUGUCCUUAUGUUUUAUGACCUGCCUUAUUCAAGCCCUUAGUUUCUGAUUGUUUCUAGACGCGUGUUUAGAAGAGAGAAACGAUAGGAAAUGAUUUUAUGGCUCCGUCUGUACGCGUAGGCGUGGUUGUGGGUGAGAACUGAUUCUUGGACGAACCUGUAACAUUUCUUCAUGAAGCUGUUCACUUAGUCAGUCACAGCCUUUUGUGGGUUUAACCUCAGGAUCUCCUUUGCCACCUAUGCAUCCUCGGACACACCUGUCUGUGUUUUCAUAACCGGUUUGUUCAUAGUCGCCUCCUUGAGCCGUGUUCUCCUUUGUCCUGAAUAAGCUGAGCAAAAGUGUUGCAUGUUUGAGAAUAUAUGCAGUUUUUUUUUUAUUAUAUUAUUGUAAAAUUAUUUAAUUUUUUAUGAUUUAAAAGUUGUGAGUAUCCUGAGCUAACGUAUGUUUUUUUCUGUUCAUAAUUGAAAUUUAUUAGCUGUUUAAAAGUUUACAUGAUCUUUAGUUAUGCUAAAAUAAUAUAAGCUGCCAAUAUUAACCCAAUGCAGCAAGAACAGUUUUUUAUUUCUGAUGACAAAAGUUGAACAGAAUUUUUAUAAGAUUUAUUAAAUAUAAAGGCAUUAAUAUUAGGCAUUAAACCAUGAGUGUUAAAACCCAUAUUUGUGGUUUUAUUUUACAUUCUUGCUUCCAUUUUAAGUUUGAAUGGAUUUGCCUGAGUGGGAUUUUCUUCUUUGUAGAUGUUAAAUAUUUGCUAAUGACUUAUUUUUUCCUUUUUUAAUGGCAAGCCUCUGCUGAUGAAUGUGAUGAUUCUCUGGACUGCUGGUCCUGCAUUUAUUGGAAUAAAAAGAAACAUUUAAGUCUUUCAGUGUGCAAAA